AUGAUGCUCCUCUCCAUCGCCUUCGUGGCCGUCGCCGCCCUCGUCGCCAGCGCAUCCGCCCACGCCGUCAGUUGUCGCGGCGAAGUCGCUUGUCCGCUCAACGACGGCCAGCUCAUCGACCUCCUCGUCCAGUUCCAGAAGCUUCAGAAGCAGGGCAAAGGCUCGCGCUAUUACAAACCUGGUGUGCAAAUCGCCUGCGCCGAUGGCCCGGGUGCUUCCAUGUGCGCCUUCUACCAGAGAGGUGCCGGCGGCAACGUCAACACGGCCGCCAAGCUCGUCCAGAGCCUGCUCGACCGGAAAUGCAGCAGGUGCGGCAGCUUCCACCCGGCACGGAGGGACGUCUCCAAGGGGGAGCUGGUCAUCAACCUCGUCACGAGAGCUUGCUGCGAGGGAAACUGCAUCUGUCCUCGCUAG